CCGCCAGGGACGAGGCGCUAUUCUCGCCGCCCUUUCUCCCGCCGCCUCCGCCGCCUCCUCCUCCGCCGCCACCGCCACCGCCCUCGCCGCCGCCGCUCUCUCCGAGCACGGCGCCGGCGGCGCCGGGGGCGGAGUCAGAGCCGCGGCUGAUGGCGGCGGAGCGUGUUGUGCUUGACUUGGUGUCUGGGUGUAGCGCGCAGGGGCUGCCGUCGACCGAGGUUGCAUUCGCGUUCGAGGUGCCGCUCUACAACCCGGCGGCCUUCAACGUCACGCUCGAGCCCGAGUCCACCUCGGUGCUGCGCGACCGGGCCGGCCGCCUGGUCGGAGAGGGCUCGGUGCUCGAGGCCACCCACCUCCCGCCGCGCAGCUGGGCGCGCGUGCCUGCGAUCGUCGAUUUCCGGCACCUCGUCGACCGGCUCGACCUCGACGACCCCGAGGCGCGCCGCCACGCCGGCGUGCAGAAUAUGUACGAGCUGCCCAUCGUGCAGCUGCAGAACGAGCUCGAGGGCUCCGAGUACGAGAUGUCCGUCUCGCUCAAGGCUUCUGUGCUGGGCAUGCGGCUGACGGUCGUCCAGCCGCACGCCAUGAGGAUGGCGCUUGGCGCGACGAGCACUGGCGCGAGCGUCAGCCGGAGGAGGCGGGCGUGAGCCACGCGCGUGAGCCAUGACUUAGGCAAAAACGCGCGUCGCCAGCCGGCCAUACUCCUGCCGUACUCGAUCUCACGAUGUGCGCCCUCUCUGUGCCCCUUGUGUGUUUUACUUCAUACUUUAUCGGUGUUACCUUGC